UCAACAAAUUGCUGAACUAUGUUGAUAAUUUGAUGUGUCUUCUAGUCAUGAUUGAACCUUGACUGUCACAGUUAGGAUGUCAGGAUUUGCUUUCUUUCCAUAGAAAUGCCACAUAUGUUACAUUACCAAAUUAACGUCACUCAAACAGUAGCUGGACCUAUUUUACGGUGCAUUUCCGAGUAAAUAAAUGGAAAACUCGACGAUAGAGAUGCCGGGUCAACCGUUCAGCGACGAAAUUGAUACCACAGAAACCUCGAGCUCCUGUACCCUCGAAGAAUCGGUGAUACGGCCUGGAGAGCUUACGCCGCAGUCAGAUGUCAAGCAAUUAGAUAAUUCAAUCUUCAAUACUAUCGGAAAAAUAGUCAAUUGCACAGCCAAGGUGCCGGAAAUACAGGAUUUUAAAAUUGUCAAGCCAAUCAGUAGAGGUGCAUUUGGAAAAGUCUUUUUAGGCUACAAAAAGACAAAUCCAGAGCAAAUGUAUGCCAUAAAAGUAAUGAAGAAAAAUGAAAUGAUAAAUAAGAACAUGGCAUCACAGGUAGUUAUUGAGAGAAACGCUUUGGCUUUGACACGCAGCCCAUACUGCGUUCAGCUGUUUUAUUCCCUGCAAUCGAUCAGCAGUGUUUAUUUGGUGAUGGAGUACAUGGUGGGUGGAGAUCUCAAGAGUUUAUUGGGGAAUUGCGGUUACAUGGAAGAAUCCAUGGCAGCAUUUUACACGGCAGAAGUCUGCCUUGCUCUGGAGUACCUUCACUCCCAUGGUAUCGUGCACAGAGAUCUGAAGCCAGACAAUAUGCUGCUGUCCCGUGAGGGACAUGUAAAACUAACGGAUUUUGGACUUAGUCGAAUACCUGCAAUGCAGAGGGACCUCGAGAUAUCUGAUCUUGUCAAUUGCACACCCAGUCUCCUUACCAGAACUCCUGGCCAGCUACUCUCGCUUACCUCUCACUUGUCGUUUGGAUCAGGCCAGAAGUCGAGCCUUGAGGCAAAUAUUUCAGAUUCGAGUCAGAGGAGUAAUCCAGCCACCAACCUUAUCCAAAUUCUUCGUAAUAACAGUUCAAAAACUAGUGGACGAUGUUGCGGUUCAUUCACAUCUUCGAUUGGGGCAUCGGGUGAUUACUGCCAAGUUUCUGGAAUCACACUAUUUCAAUCUGCAGAAGAUGUUCGGUUAGCCAACGGUAAUAAUACGGACAGCAGUACAAGCUCCAAGGGGCUAGGCGAGAGCGAUGAUAACAGCACUGGUAGCAGUUUUCACACCUGUGAAGCUUCAAGUUCGGUUGUUAAAGUGAAUAGCAGCAAGGGAGAGACUGAAGACGAUGAUUCAACGCUAGAGGCUGAUUGGCCUAAUAAGCAACUCAGUCACACAAGUCCUUUGAGCAGUAGCCAGAUCUCGUUUACCCGAGGAACAAAGCGAAAGAGGAACAAUGCUACUGCAGCAACAGGAUUGACCAAGGAAAUUCAUCUUCUUGGUCUAGAGGUCAACUCGACACCCAAAAGGAAGAAUCGAGGGACGUCAUUUUCCCGUGCCGUCUCCCCACAUCCAGCAAUUACUACUGCUAAGGUAACGAAUGGCGAAGGGACAGGCAGCAGCGGAGGAGGCGUCGCAUUCAGUACUCCAGUCUCCUCCAUAAAGCAGAGACGAACUCAAGAUGACGAAUCCAACGACAAUGGCAAUGGCAGGGAUCACCUCCAGAACCACAAUCAUAAUCACACUCAUCGGCACCCUAAAUUGGAAGAACAUCGGCAGGCAAGCGAGAGCGAUAAACCAAUUUUAAUCAAGACAACCAGGUUUGAGUUGCCACAAUCAACGUCUCGGUCUGCACCUGACAUACAGCUUGGUACAGAUGAUGACCAUCCAGGUAUCUCACCUAUUAAAACCCCAGGGACAUCUGCCGGUAGUCAUACGCCAUACAGAACUCCAAAGUCGGUAAGGAGAGGUGGAAAGUUGUCGUCGCGGUCAGACGACCGUAUUCUCGGCACACCAGAUUACUUGGCACCUGAAUUACUUCUAAGGCAGGGUCACAGCUCAGCUGUCGAUUGGUGGGCACUUGGGGUUUGCCUAUACGAAUUCUGCACUGGAAUUCCACCCUUCAACGACGAGACACCGCAGGCGGUGUUUACCAAUAUUUUGGCUCGGGACGUUCCAUGGCCAACAGAGGAUGAGGCCUUAUCAGCUUCCGCAAUGGAGGCCAUCGAUGCUCUGCUAACUCUCGAUCCAUUAACCAGACCUUCAGCAGUCGAGGUUCGUUCUAUGACUCUAUUCAGUGAUUUUCCAUGGGAUAAACCACAUAGUGCGACGCCACCGUUUAUACCACAGCCAGAUGAUAAUUAUGAUACCUGUUAUUUUCAAGCUCGAAAUAUACUGCAGCACCUUACUGUUAGCAGUUGUGAUGUGUAGCCAAGAAUAUUUGGAAUGGCAACUGAGUUGCUGCGGCUCAUGCACUGCAGAAGAA